AUGAGCACCACCACUAAGAUUGGAAAGGAUGAACAUGGAGAAGAUGUUGAUGUGAAGCUCUACAGGGAAAUGAUUGGAAGCUUGCUUUAUCUUACAACAAGUCGACCAGACUUAUGCUUCAGCAUCGGUGUGUGUGCUUGUUAUCAGACCAAACCAAAACAGUCCCAUCUUCAAGCGAUGAAGAAGAUCUUGAGGUAUGUCAAGGGAACUGUCAAUCUGGGGAUCUUCUACUCCAAAAGAUCCAAUAGAAACCUUGCUGGAUAUUGUGACGCCGACUGGGAAGGAUGUGCAGAUGAUCGGAAAAGCACAAGUUGA